AACCGUUGAGAGUUGCAUUGCAUUAUUUUAUCUCCACUCAGAUGAUGAAAAAGCAACCCUUCAACUUCCAUUUGCACUCUCUUUGCCCUCUCUGGUCUCUCUAAGGCCAGAGGCAGCAAAUACAUAAAACCCUCCUUUUCUCUUCAGUCUCUGUUCCCACAAACACUCUCUUUCUUUGAAAUGGCAACCGUUACCUUCUCCACGCGCUCCUUCUUUCUCCAAUCACCCUCACACUCCCACGCUCACCACCACAGACAGCAGAGCUCCGCCUUCACUUCCUGCCGCAAAAGCACCGCCAGCAUUACCAGCCUCUUCACUCACUCUCUUGUAUUGACUGUCUCCGCCAAUCCCCGCAAUAAAUUCCACCCCGCCACCGUAGUUUUCUCCUCGGGAAAUGGAGAUACUGGUGGAACAGGCGGUACUGGAAGUGGAGGUGGCGGAGGAGGACAUGACGGUCACGACGAUCAGGACCGGUCACGAAACCGAUCCGAAGCGAUCCUGGCUCUCGCUGAGGAAGGGAGAACAUUUGAGAGUUUGCCCAAGGACAUAGCGGCGGCAAUCGAGGCGGGGAAGUUACCGGGAUCGAUUGUUCGUAGGUACUUUGAGUUCGAGAAGUCCCCUGUAUUCAGCUGGUUGCUUAAUUUUGGAGGGUUUAAGGAGCGGAUGCUUGCCGAUGAUUUGUUUUUGACUAAAGUUGGCAUCGAGUGCGGCGUGGGCAUUUUCACCAAGUGUGCUGCAGAGUUAGAGAAGAGAAGAGAAAGGAUAACGAAAGAGCUGGAUUUUGUUUUCUCAGACGUGGUAAUGGCGCUAGUUGCAGAUUUCAUGCUCGUGUGGCUUCCGGCUCCGACAGUUUCUCUCCGGCCACCUAUAGCACUCAGUGCCGGGCCUAUAUCUAAGUUCUUUUACAAUUGUCCCGAUAAUGCCUUCCAGGUGGCUUUGGCGGGAACAUCUUAUUCAUUGUUACAGAGAUUUGGUGCGAUUGUGCGUAACGGGGCCAAACUCUUUCUUGUUGGAACCGGUGCAUCCCUGGUUGGUGUAGGGGUGACAAAUACGUUGAUUAAUGCACGAAAGUUGUUCGACAAAUCGUUUGCCGAAGAAGCAGAAGACGUGCCUGUAUUUUCAACAAGUUUCCAGUACGGUGUCUACAUGUCGGUGUCCAGCAACCUAAGGUACCAAAUAAUUGCGGGAGUUAUUGAACAACGAAUACUGGAGCCCUGGCUGCACCAUCACAAGCUCAUUCUGAGUGCACUCUGCUUCGCCGUUCGUACCGGAAACACUUUCUUGGGAUCUUUGAUGUGGGUGGACUACGCACGGUGGGUUGGAGUUCAGAGGUCGAGGGAAUGAGUGAAAGCAUAAUGUUAUUUUUGUGUCGU